UAAUACUUGGUGGGGUGAGGGGGUAAGAGUAGGGGUGGAGGGGUAGGAGGACUCACGCUUCCAGCGAAAGCUUCGCCAGUCCCACCCUCCCCUCCCCCCUCCCCGGGCUCCAACGUGGAGGAGGGGCGUGUCCGGACUGCUUUUAGAGGGGAGGGGCUCCGCGGGACCGCGCCGAGCACCGAGGGAGCGGCUGGGAGGUCGUCUUCCCUCAGGGCAUCCUCUCGGCGGCGGGGCUGUUCCCGCCGGGGGGCUGCAGGGGGGUCGCGAAGCGAGCUGUGGUGCCUCCGCCGGGGACGACCCCGCACGUUGGGGGGCCGGAGACGACUUGGAGACCGCCGCGCUGCCGGGUCGGGUAGCCCGGGCGGCGGAGGGCUGUGAGUGGCGGCGCCUUGAGGUAACCCCGUGGCGGCGGCGGCGGCGGCGGCGGCGGCCCGCGGUGGCCGCCCGGGGGCCAGAGCAGCUGUAGGAGCCUCCGGGGCGCUGGGAGCGACCGCAGCCCAGGCAAUCCAGUGCCUCGUGUUCUUCUUAUUACUAUUUUUUUUUAAACCUCUGACUAUGCAAUUCUGAAACCUCCCCCAUAUUCGGGGGAACCAGACAGCCUGGUAGACAGACACCUUCCCCUCUCCGUGCUCCCGCCCCGGUCUCGAGAACCCCAGGAUCUCUCUUCCCCGACGCCUUUCACCAUUAAGAGGACAGCGAUGGAGGAGCUGAGCGCUGACGAGAUUCGGCGGAGGCGUCUGGCGCGACUUGCUGGUGGACAGACUUCCCAGCCGACCACCCCACUUACCUCUCCUCAGAGGGAGAACCCUCCUGGGCCUCCAAUAGCAGCAUCAGCCCCAGGCCCAUCCCAGAGUCUUGGUCUCAAUGUCCACAACAUGACCCCAGCUACCUCCCCGAUAGGUGCAGCAGGAGUCGCCCAUCGGAGCCAGAGCAGUGAGGGAGUUAGUUCUCUCAGCAGCUCGCCUUCCAACAGCCUUGAGACGCAAUCUCAGUCCCUCUCACGCUCCCAGAGCAUGGAUAUUGAUGGUGUCUCUUGUGAGAAAAGCAUGUCCCAGGUGGAUGUGGAUUCAGGAAUUGAAAAUAUGGAGGUUGAUGAAAACGACCGGAGAGAAAAAAGGAGCCUCAGUGACAAGGAGCCUUCUUCAGGCCCUGAAGUAUCUGAAGAGCAGGCCUUACAGCUGGUCUGUAAGAUCUUUCGUGUCUCUUGGAAGGACAGGGACAGAGAUGUCAUCUUUCUUUCUUCUCUUUCUGCGCAGUUUAAGCAGAACCCAAAGGAAGUGUUUUCUGACUUUAAGGAUUUGAUUGGCCAGAUUUUAAUGGAAGUGCUAAUGAUGUCCACUCAGACCCGAGAUGAAAAUCCAUUUGCCAGUCUGACAGCCACGUCACAGCCCAUCGCAGCGGCAGCUCGGUCACCAGACAGAAAUCUUAUGUUGAACACUGGCUCCAAUUCAGGAACAAGCCCCAUGUUCUGCAACUUGGGUUCCUUCAGUGCCAGCUCGUUAUCUAGCCUCUAUGAAACUAGCCCAGCUCCUCCUUCCAGUUUUUGGAGCUCUGUGCCAGUGCUGAGUCCAUCUUUUGCCUCCCCUCCCCGUGCAGCCAGCCACAUGGCUGUGUCUUCCACCUCCCUCAGCCCUCACAGUGCGGCUUCUGGACCUGCAGCAGGAAGCCAGCCCUCGUCCCCGCGCUAUCGGCCCUAUACUGUCACACACCCAUGGGGGCCUUCCCCUUGCCCUGCCCCACGGUCCUCAGGCACCUCUAUUCCAUCUGGAGCCCCAAGCCUCCCUACCCUUGCAAGUAGCCCCCAAGCUGUACCUGCCAGCAAUUCCAGACAGAGGCCCAGCAGUGUGGGCCCAGCUCUCUCACCUGCCUCACCCCGUGCUGCCAGCAGACGGCCCUCCUCCCUGCGGAUCUCUCCUAGUAUGUACGACAAUCCUUUCUCCUUCCUCUUCCUCGCACUUUCUGGGGACAGUAGUGAUGAAGAAGAUGAAGAAGAUGAUGGUGAUGAUGAUGAUGAUGAAGGUGGUGGUGGUGGUGAUGAUGAUUUUUCUUGUGUCCAGUUUGGGUCCAGUUUGGGAGCCUCUGGUGGAGCAAGUAAUUGGGAUUCCUACAGUGACCAUUUCACCAUUGAAACUUGCAAGGAGACAGAUAUGCUGAACUACCUCAUUGAAUGCUUUGACCGAGUUGGAAUAGAGGAAAAAAAAGCACCAAAGAUGUGCAGCCAGCCAGCAGUCAGCCAGCUCCUGAGCAACAUCCGCUCACAGUGCAUAUCACACACCGCAUUAGUACUCCAAGGUUCCCUAACACAGCCUAGGUCCAUGCAGCAGCCGUCCUUCCUUGUGCCCUACAUGCUGUGCAGGAAUCUCCCGUAUGGCUUCAUUCAAGAACUAGUGAGGACCACUUAUCAGGAUGAAGAAGUGUUCAAGCAGAUCUUUAUUCCCAUUUUACAAGGCCUGGCUCUUGCUGCCAAAGAGUGCUCGCUUGAUAGUGACUACUUUAAAUACCCCCUUAUGGCAUUAGGUGAACUCUGUGAAACCAAGUUUGGAAAGACGCACCCCGUCUGCAAUUUGGUUGCCUCUUUGCCCUUGUGGUUGCCGAAGCCCUUAAGCCCUGGUUCUGGACGGGAGCUGCAGAGACUGUCUUACCUGGGGGCCUUCUUUAGCUUCUCAGUGUUUGCAGAAGAUGAUGCUAAAGUGGUGGAAAAGUAUUUCUCAGGUCCUGCCAUUACCCUGGAAAACACCCGUGUGGUCAGCCAAUCACUACAGCAUUACUUGGAGUUGGGAAGGCAAGAGCUGUUCAAGAUUCUGCAUAGUGUUCUGUUGAAUGGUGAAACCCGCGAGGCUGCCCUGGGAUACAUGGCAGCUGUCGUCAAUGCCAAUAUAAAGAAGGCCCAGAUGCAGACAGAUGAUAGAUUGGUAUCUACAGAUGGAUUUAUGCUCAAUUUCCUUUGGGUACUUCAGCAGCUAAGUACAAAAAUCAAGUUAGAAACAGUUGAUCCCACAUAUAUAUUCCACCCAAGAUGUCGGAUUACUCUCCCCAAUGAUGAGACACGAGUGAAUGCAACAAUGGAGGAUGUGAACGAGUGGCUGAGUGAACUUUAUGGAGACCAGCCUCCGUUUUCUGAGCCAAAAUUCCCCACAGAAUGCUUCUUUCUCACCCUACAUGCCCACCACCUCUCUAUUCUACCCAGUUGUCGUCGCUAUAUCCGCAGACUCCGGGCCAUACGGGAGCUGAAUAGGACUGUGGAAGAUUUGAAAAAUAAUGAAAGCCAGUGGAAAGAUUCUCCCCUGGCCACUAGGCAUCGAGAAAUGUUGAAACGCUGUAAAACUCAGCUGAAGAAACUGGUACGGUGCAAGGCCUGUGCUGACGCUGGCUUACUUGACGAGAGCUUCCUGAGAAGAUGUCUGAAUUUUUAUGGCCUUCUCAUUCAGCUGCUGCUCCGCAUCCUGGACCCUGCAUACCCCGACAUAACACUGCCUUUAAAUUCCGAUGUUCCCAAGGUAUUUGCAGCAUUGCCUGAGUUUUAUGUAGAAGAUGUUGCUGAAUUUUUAUUUUUUAUUGUACAAUACUCUCCUCAGGUGCUUUAUGAGCCCUGUACUCAGGAUAUUGUGAUGUUCCUUGUUGUGAUGUUGUGCAACCAGAACUACAUCCGGAAUCCAUACCUAGUGGCCAAACUGGUAGAAGUCAUGUUUAUGACCAACCCUUCUGUUCAGCCACGAACCCAGAAGUUUUUCGAGAUGAUCGAGAACCAUCCUCUCUCUACCAAAUUACUGGUACCUUCUCUGAUGAAGUUCUAUACAGAUGUGGAGCACACUGGAGCUACCAGUGAGUUCUACGACAAGUUCACAAUCCGCUAUCACAUUAGCACCAUUUUUAAAAGCCUCUGGCAAAACAUCGCUCACCAUGGCACCUUUAUGGAGGAGUUCAAUUCUGGGAAGCAGUUCGUGCGCUACAUAAACAUGCUGAUAAAUGAUACGACAUUUUUGCUCGAUGAAAGUCUGGAGUCGCUGAAGCGGAUCCAUGAAGUGCAAGAAGAGAUGAAGAACAAAGAGCAGUGGGACCAGCUGCCUCGGGAUCAGCAGCAGGCCCGGCAGUCUCAGCUUGCUCAGGACGAGCGCGUUUCACGCUCUUACCUCGCAUUGGCAACAGAAACCGUGGACAUGUUCCAUAUCCUCACAAAGCAGGUCCAGAAGCCGUUCCUCAGACCAGAACUUGGACCCCGGUUGGCUGCGAUGCUUAACUUUAAUCUGCAGCAGCUCUGUGGCCCCAAGUGUCGUGACUUGAAGGUGGAGAACCCAGAGAAGUAUGGAUUUGAACCCAAGAAGCUGUUGGACCAACUGACAGAUAUUUACCUGCAGCUGGACUGUGCUCGGUUUGCAAAGGCCAUUGCCGAUGACCAGAGAUCCUACAGCAAGGAACUGUUUGAAGAAGUCAUUUCCAAGAUGCGGAAGGCAGGAAUCAAAUCCACAAUAGCAAUAGAGAAGUUUAAGCUUCUUGCCGAGAAAGUCGAAGAGAUAGUGGCUAAGAACGCCCGGGCAGAGAUCGACUACAGUGACGCCCCGGACGAGUUCAGAGACCCUCUGAUGGACACGCUGAUGACUGACCCCGUGCGCCUGCCCUCUGGCACCAUCAUGGACCGCUCCAUCAUCCUGCGGCACCUGCUGAACUCUCCCACUGACCCCUUCAACCGCCAGACGCUGACGGAGAGCAUGCUAGAACCAGUGCCAGAACUGAAAGAACAGAUCCAAGCGUGGAUGAGAGAGAAGCAGAGCAGCGAUCACUAAGCCAUCCCUCUCCACCGCUUCUGGAAGCCAGGCCAGCGGGGCAGACGCGGUCAGUGUCUGCCGUGAAGCUGCUGCUCGAGCCUUGGCAAGCACGCCUUGCCAGAUCCCGAGCCCCCGCCCAGAGUGACCAAACAGCAGCGGCCUGCAGGCCCGUGGAGAGAGGAGCCCGGUUCCUGUACAUAUAUUUAAGUGACACCCACAGUGAGAAGCUUGGGGACGGGCUAGGAUUGCCUGUGUAAUAAAGCACGUCCUUCACACGUCACAGUGGAAGUCUUAGUGGUGACCGGUGGGCGGGGCAGCUUCCCCUUCAUCUUUUGUUUUUGUUUUGUUUUGUUUUUGUUUUUAAAUCCAGUGUCCAUUAAUUUGAUUGUGAUUAGAGAACUUGGACAUUUUGCUGCUAAAGAAUCUCUCCCCCUCUCCUCCCUCCAGGCCCUACUUGCACUGCUCUGGAUUUUUUAAAGAGAAGCAAAAACAAAAACAAACUCAUUUCCCCAGCCCUCCAAACCAUAUAUUCUGUGAGAUAACUGUGCCUGCGACAAAGUGUUAAUCCCGGGAUCGUAUUUUUAUAUCAUAUUCACAUAUUUGUUUUUUUAAUUGGUGUUAGAUGACAUGAUUAAUAAAAAAGGCAAAAUAUUUUCAGAAUUUGAAUUUCAGGUUUUUUUUCUUUUAAAAUGUCCCUAUUAAAUUUUUUUAUUGUUAAAAAAGAAAUGAAGAGAAUCCUGUUGCUCUGGUCCUUCUAACACGCCCUGAAUUAGGAAUCCAAGCGGCAGGUGCAGCUGCGGAGUGGCUUCAGCAUCAGGACUUGUGCGUCUGGGGGGAUGGGGUGAGGGUUGGGGUUUUUUAAUGCUAUGUGACAGUUCCAAACUUUUACCGUGCUCCUCUGAGGGUAAAUCAACUCCUCAACCCAGGGUUCAUUUGUAUGACGUGUCCUUUGGGGUUUGGCCUUACCAAAGCAAAAAAGGGGUGCAAAAAAUGUGGGAGCAUGUCUGCCUGUUGAACACCCAGACACACAACCACAUGCACACGCGAGCAUAAGACGUUCGUUCAUUUUGUAUUACUGCUCUCUAUGCGACAGACUUGAAUUCUUGAAUUUCCUCUGGGGUAAAAAAAGGAUUUGAAACCAUAAAGUGUUUUGAAGAAAUUAAGUCUACAAAAACAUACUUUCUUUUUUCUUUUCCUUUUUUUCCCCUCCACAGACAAUGUCUUUCUUUGUUCAAUUCCUAAUGCAAACUACAAUAAAUGGUGAUACACAGUC